UCCAUUUUACAUUUACCUUUAUCAAAGCAGAGGCAGAGCAUGUGUAAUUUGUCACCAAACACUUGUUACUUCCACCGCCAUAGCUCUUCUGCGUAUAUAUAAUAAACCUAAACUUGUCAAGAAUUUCAACAAAUACUCUCUUUGACUAUAGGAAGAAAUAGAAAUAGAAAUAGACAUAGACAUAGAAAUGGGAAGCUUAGAGGAAGAUGAGUUGGUACAAAUGGUACACGACUUUAUAGAGUCUGAUCAUUCACCUAAUUCAGCUACAACUUUCAUCACUUCCUCUAAUCAUCACCCUUUACACAAUCGAUCCCAAUAUUUUAUUUUGAAGGAUAUUCUGAGGAGUGAUACAACAUCAACAGAAGCUAAAGUUAUGAAGUAUGUGUUGAAGCAUCUUAGAGGCAAACAUGGUUCUGAUAAAACAACAAUUCUUAGUAGAUGGCUUGUUAAGAGAAUGAGAAAAGAUGGUCUCAUUGCUUCUCUGUAUCAAACAUCUUGGUCUACCUCCUUAGGAUGUCCUGCUGGUGAAUACGAAUAUAUUGAAGUCAUAAUUGAAGAUGAGAACAAUAUUGAUGAUCCUAUGAGGCUUAUAGUAGAUAUAGACUUUAAGUCCCAAUUUGAACUUGCAAGGCCAACACAAUACUACAAAGAAUUAAUAGACUCAUUACCAUUAAUCUUUGUUGGGAGAGAGAACAAAUUAUGCAAGAUAAUUUCUUUGCUAUGUUCAGCUGCCAAACAGUCCCUAAGAGAAAAGGGUUUACAUGUACCACCAUGGAGAACAACUACAUACAUGCAAUCAAAAUGGCUCUCUGGAUGUCGUAAAGAGCCUAAUCCUGUUGGUGAUGGUUUUGGAAUUGGAGAUAAUAUUAUUAAUGGUAACAGUAACAGUAACAGUAACAGUAACAUGGUAGUUUCUAUAGUGAAGCCAAAUAAAAGAGAUUUAGGUGGUGAAUCUGGAUUGUCUAGUCAAUUGUCUAACAUGAGCAUAAAUUGUUGCUAGCUUCUAUGUUAGAUGAUGAGGACUACUCGAUUUUGGCGUUUUAUUGCUAUUCUUAGAUCAAAUAGUUUCUAUCUAAUGAAUAUCUUUUUCUUAUGCAAGUCAAUUUUUUGUUUUGUUUUAA